AUGCCUUACGCCUUCGACAAGUGUCCUGAGCGGCCAGCGAACAUCGACGCGAUCCUCAACGGUUUAGACAGAUACAACCCAGAGACGACAACGAUAUUUCAAGAAUAUGUCACACAACAAUGCGAAGAGAAAUUCUUCGACUGCUAUGCUUGUUUAGCACUGCUUAAACUAUACCAAUUUAACCCACACCUCCUACACCCCGAAACAGUGACCAACAUUCUCGUCAAGUCGUUGACCAUCUUCCCCUCUCCAGCUUUCAGUCUUGCGCUCGCCCUCCUCCCACCUUCCACCGUUCCCUUUGGCUCGAGCAACUCCGGCCUUCCUACUACAGAACUUACUGAAUCGAUUCAAAAACUCACACAUCUCUCUUCGCUGCUGGAAUCAGCACAAUACGAUGCCUUCUGGUCCACAUUGGACUCCGAUGAUCUCUAUGCCGAUCUAUAUAGUGACGUCGCAGGUUUUGAGGAUCUGGUGAGGAUCAGAAUUGCUGGAGAAGUAGGCAAAUGCUUUAGAGAAGUGGACAUGAAGGUCUUGAGUGCCUGGUUGGAUCUGAGAGGAGAUCAGUUGAGUAAAUUCGUGAAUACGGCUUGUGGGUGGCAGGUUACUGGUGAGGAGGUGAAGAUUCCAAGUAAUAGCGAGAACGAGGCGAGGAGUGAGGUCAAGGGGGAGAGGGUAGGAGUGGAGCAAUUCGGACGAGUGUUUAGAAGGGGGUUUGAAAGUGCUUGA